GACCGCUGUAUAUACCUGUAUAUACCCGCCUCCACCCUCAUUCGCAGCCUCACCACCACGUCACUCCACCACCGCUUCCUCUCCCUCCUUUACCUCUUCCUCUCUCCCUCUUCCUCACCCUCACUCUCAUUCUCUCCCUCGUUCUCCCUACCAGUUAAUCUCUCCCGGGUGUUCUCGUCCUGGUGAUCUUCCUGUCAACACCACAAUCAAUGCCCCCCCGCCCGGGCUCCUUAUAACCCCGUGGCUCCUCACAGCAUCUCAUCUCCUCCCCUAUCUUCGUCCCCGAAAUAAACCCCCCUCCCCCUCCCCUCGCAAUCAUGAACUACCUACACCACCCAUACGCCUACGCCGGUCACCCGGCCAUCCCCAUGGAUCAGCCCGUCUCCUUUGAUCCCGCCAUGACACACCCCGCCAUGAUUCACCCCAUGGACGGUUACCUCUACCCGCAUCCCCCCUUCGACAUGGUCGACUACUACCACCAGCCCAUCAUGGACUACGAAGAAUACGCGGAGAACCUCUCCCGACCCCGAUUGACCAAGGAGCAAGUCGAGACUCUCGAGGCCCAGUUCCAGGCUCACCCCAAGCCUAGCAGCAAUGUUAAGCGCCAAUUAGCCGCCCAGACGAACUUGAGUCUCCCCCGAGUGGCCAAUUGGUUCCAGAAUCGUCGGGCCAAGGCAAAGCAGCAGAAACGCCAGGAGGAGUUCGAGCGGAUGCAAAAAGCAAAGGCCGAGGCCGAAGAGGCCGUCCGCGGCAAGUCUGAGGACGCCGAGAACCCCGACGCCCCCCGGGACACCACCACCGUCAAAGAGGAGACCCCCAAAGAGACCCCGAAACCCUCCGAACCGUCCGUGGAGCGACCCAAGCCCAAGUCCUCCCGAUCCAAGCAUCAGAAGACCCGGAGCGAGUCCGCGCGCGAGGCCACCUUCGCCUCGUUGCAACGGGCCCUGAACGCCGCCGUCGCCGCCCGCGAGUGCUACGGGGAGAACGACACCGUGCCCGAGGGCUCGGCGUCGCCGAUCCCCGCGUCCGCUACCAAAUCCACCCCCGAACUCGGAGGUUCCACCGAACCCACCCCGGCUUUUGCCGACUGGGAGAGCGUCAAGGACUCGACCACCUGGGGCCCCUCCCACAGCCCGGAGUCGCUGGCCUACGGCAACCUGGACGCCGCCUCGUUGGCCUCGGCGGACUCGCUCAGCGUCCCGGAAUUCCACGCCCCGCAGCCCGAGGAUUGGACCAGCCAGGCGCAGACGUCCGCGUCCGUCCCCGCCUACACGGCCGCCUCGCAGGCGGACACCUACCACGCUGGGCCGUAUGCCCUGCCUGAGCAGACCCUGUCUCACAGCAAAUCCUCGGAUGAGCUCGCCGACUCCCUCGAGGGCAUCGAGAUCGACUCUCAGAUGGCGCAGCGCUCGGAGCCGUCCUCGUGGAAGGAGAACGCCAAGGAGCUGGACCUGGCGGCCCGCCGCAAGCGCCCCAGGCCCGCGGCCAUCGGCACCUCCCGGUCGUCGUCGUCCUUGCUGGGAGCCGCCGCGUCCAUGUCACCCACCGCGCGGACGCCCAGCUAUGGUGCCGUCCGACAGUCCAAGUCGGCACAGAAUUUGAACGCUCGCUACGCGGGAGUCCGAAAGGCGUCUGCGGCCCAGCGAUCGCCCCUCAACAUGUCGACCUUCGCUGAAGCCGGCGCCGCCCUGGCGUCGGCCAAGGCGGAGAUGCUCCAUCCCAUCACCACAGGCGCUCUGGCUCCGCCCACGCCCCUGACCCCAGAGGAUUUCCAACACCUGCUCCCCACAUCCCCAAGCGACGGCGGCUACUGCCUGUCGGCCCACCCCACGAGUCAGCUGUUCCCCACGACGCAGCCGAUGCAGAUCAACGUCGCCUCGCCGCCGGCCACGCCCAUGAUGGACAUGAUGUCCUCGUACGCGUACCCGGGGGUAGCCCCGCCCAUGUCGGCCCCGGCGCAUUACACGUCGUUUCCCGACUACGCCAGCUGCGAUGCGCCGCGGAGCUGGACCGACGCCACGUCGAUGCCCUCUCCGGAGGCGUCCUUCCAGAGCCGGUGUCCGGUGCCACCCCACGGCGACCUGUCGUGUCUGUCCUACGAACAGAGCCUCGACCCAGAGGCGGUCGAGAACAUCCCCGUGUCGAGCUCCCCAUCCCUCGUCUACUCAGCAGACGUAGACAUGUCAGGGGACGUCAAGACCGAGUUCCGCUUCGAGGAGUUCCCAAAACAGCACGAAGCCCACCGGUACGUGGCGCAGCAACUACCCUGCCACAAGCCGAAACAAUACUCCUUUAACAACACAACACCGAACACCUUCCUCGAGGGAACCACCUGAGCUUUCUUUUCCUUUUCUUUGCCCUCCUUUCUGUUUUCAAAUUGGGUGGACGUGCCAACCACCACGGUAUUAUACGCGAUUAUAUCCCACUGUGAUUAUUACUACUACAUUCUUGUGGACUAGACUUUUUUCUUUCCUUUUCAUUCUUUGUGUAUUGAGGAGUAUCUGUGUUGAUUAAAUUGGGCGUCUGCCAGGAUCGUUAUCUAUCUACCUUAUUAUCUCUUAUUGAUUGAUUAUUGAUCGGUCGAUUGCAUGUGAAUUUGGAAGCGGGGCUUACAGCCUAUACAUAUCUGCCUUAUCUACUGUACCUACAUCUCUAUCAGUGGUGCCAAGUAUCUACUACCCACUCUGUAAUAUUCACAUCUCAUACUGCAUCUAUA